AUGCCUAAACGACAGUCUUGUCCGCGUUUCACUCGUGAGGCUUCAUCGAAAACACAGUCACCGCCUCUUGAAGCCCGUCGCUCUGCAAACUAUGAACCGUCUCUAUGGAAACACAAGUAUCUCCUCUCGCUCGGUAAUGCACAUGCGAGAAAGGACAACAUCGAUGAGAGAGUUAAGUUACUGCAGCAAGAAGUGAGGAAAAUGCUGAAUGAAACGAAGGUUUUACUCGAACAACUAGAGCUCGUGGACACUUUACAAAGACUCGGAGUUUCUUACCAUUUCGAACAUGAAAUCAAGAAUAUUCUAACUAAUGUGCACGUGAAAAUUUUGAGACACGAGAACGGAAUAGAACGAAAGAGAUCAGAGGACUUGUACACGAAUGCUCUCGAGUUCCGACUCCUAAGGCAACAUGGUUUUAGUAUCGCACAAGAUGUUUUCGAAGGAAAUAUCGGAGAUGGUUUGGAUGAUGAAGAUAUUAAGGGUAUUCUUUCGCUAUACGAAGCUUCAUAUCUCUCGACCAGAUUCGAUACUAAAUUGAAAGAGACCAUAUAUUAUACAACAAGCCGACUUAGAAAAUUCGUUGGAAUGAAGAAGACAAAGACUAAACCUUAUGUUCUUCGAAAGAUGGUGAUCCAUGCGUUAGAGAUGCCAUACCACCGGAGAGUGGAAAGACUAGAAGCAAGGUGGUAUAUAGACGUGUAUGGAGAGCGAAAAGACAUGAACCCUAUCUUGCUCGAAUUCGCAAAACUUGAUUUCAAUAUCGUACAAGUUAUUCAUCAAGACGAGCUCAAAUAUCUCUCUAGUUGGUGGAGCAAGACAGGACUAACAAAACACCUUGGCUUCGUAAGAGAUCGAAUAACAGAGAGUUAUUUCUCUAGUGUUGGAGUAAUCUAUGAGCCCGAGUUUGCAUAUCACCGACAAAUGCUUACUAAAGUUUUCAUGCUUAUUACAACUAUCGACGAUAUAUACGACAUUUAUGGGACAUUGGAGGAGCUCCAACUGUUAACGACCAUAGUUGACAAAUGGGAUGUGAAUCGUCUUGAAGAACUUCCCGAGUACAUGAAGUUAUGUUUUCUCUGCCUCGUCAACGAAGUCAAUCAGAUUGGAUAUUUUAUUCUCAAAGAUAAAGGAUUUAAUGUGAUUCCUUACCUCAAAAAUUCCUGGGCAGAUCUGUGUAAAACGUUUUUAAAAGAAGCAAAGUGGUACAAAAGUGGUUACAAACCUAACCUCGAAGAGUACAUGCAAAAUGGUUGGAUCUCAAGCUCUGUCCCUACAAUACUUCUCCACUUGUUCUGUCUAUUCUCCGACCAAAAUUUAGACAUUAUCGUCUCCUAUCAGUAUCACCACCCCGUUGUUCGGAGCUCCGCCACCAUCCUCCGUCUCGCUAACGAUCUCGCCACUUCUUCGGAGGAAUUGGCGAGAGGUGACACAAUGAAGUCCGUACAAUGUCACAUGCAAGAGACAGGAGCUUCGGAGGCAGAAUCACGUGCGUACAUUCGAGGAAUGAUCGGUGUGGCUUGGGAUGACUUGAACUUGGAGAGAAAGAGUUGUUUUGUCCAAGCUGCAGCUAACCUUGGACGCAUAGCUCAGUGCGUUUACCAGUACGGCGAUGGCCAUGGCUGUCCCGACAAGGCUAAGACGGUCCACCAUGUUCGGUCCUUACUCGUCCACCCUGUUCCACUCAAUCAUAAUUAA